UUCAAUUGGAAGUAGAAAGUCGGCUGUUUGUAUUUUCUUCAAAAAUGUUUUCCACCUAUUCGAUCAAUGAUGUGGCCGCCAAUGAGGAAGUAGAUCACACCGAGGAGGAAUUUUCUUCAAAAGUCGAAGCCGAUGUGCAGUCGAUCAUCUAUUUGGCCUACCAGGAGCACGAGGCUGUGAUCCGCCACAAUGUUACGAGCGCGAUGAAGCAACGCGAAGAAGAGUUGGCCAAGCUGUGGAAUAUUCGAUCAUCAUUAUCAAGCUUAGCGCAGAUCAAGGCCGCUCGUGAUGAGGAACUUAGAGCUCUAUUGGACCAAAUCGUUACGAAUGAGGACAGUAGCGAUGAUGAUGAAGAUGAAGACAAGGAAGAUCCCUUUUAAUGUCACUAUCAUCUGUUAAUUAAAUGCUUCA